ACACUUUCACACUUCAUUUUUUGUUUUAUCUACUUAACACAAUUUGUGUCUAUCAGAAACUCCUUUCUACUUUCCUGUGAUCACCAAGCUCCAAGAAAUGCAUUCUUCAACUUGAAUAGUUGGUGGGGUUUUCACUGGGAAUUCAAUUCCUCUUCAUCCACCUCUUGCACUUUCUGGAAAUGUAUACAUUGAUGUUUUGCUAGUUUCAUAAAAAUUGGAGAAUCAUCAAGGAAACAUGGCUCAUUUUGAAAAAGAUGAGGAGCCAAUGCUGUCAGAAACACGAGCUCAACUAUCUGAUGAAGUCGUGGGUUCUAAUUUCCGGAGGCUUGUAUCUAGGACACGAAGUGCUUCAAUAUCUAUUCCUAUGGCCACCUUAGAAUCAUAUGAGAAAGAAACUAGUCUUGUGGGACAUACUGGUCCACUUCGAAAUGUUAGAAAAACUCCCUUUGUGCAGAUGAGUGGUCCACUGUAUGCUGCCCAUGGAACUGGAAAUCUUCCGCGACAGAGUAUAGUUGCCGCAGGAAACAAAGCAGUGGAGAGCAAGACAGAAAAUUUUUCUAAUUUUGAUGGCACAAACGAAAACCGUUGGGAUAAUGACUAUGAUAGAAAGAAUGAGCACUUAAUGAGGUCUGGGCAACUGGGAAUGUGUAAUGAUCCUUAUUGCACUACUUGUCCUACUUAUUUCAAGGCUUCUUCUCAGACAAAUACUCGAAAAACUUCAACUUUAUUUGAUCACAAGUUCCAUAAUAAUCUUUAUGGGGAUGCCAAGGGCUUUGGAAGAAAACUUUUUUCCUUUUGUUCUUCAUAUGUUCCUGGAGUUAUGAAUCCCCACGCAAAAGUUGUACAACGAUGGAAUAAGAUUUUGGCCAUUUUUUGCUUGGUGGCAAUUUUUGUGGAUCCAUUAUUUUUCUUCUUAAUAUAUGUGAAGAAGGAUGGUAAAUGUAUUGCUAUCAAUUGGACAAUGACAACGACACUUGUUUCACUUAGAAGCAUUAAUGAUUUGAUAUAUUUCUUUAACAUUCUUCUCCAGUUUAGGUUGGCCUAUGUUUCUCUAGAGUCAAUGGUGGUGGGUGCUGGAGAUUUAGUUGACCAUCCAAAGAAAAUUGCCAUUAAUUAUCUGAAGGGUUAUUUUUUUAUGGACUUAUUUGUUGUAUUUCCUCUUCCCCAGAUAAUGAUAUUAUUUGUCCUACCAAAGUCUCUGGGAUCAUCAGGAGCAAAUUAUGCUAAAAAUCUUCUGCGUGCAGCUAUCCUUGUGCAGUAUUUCCCCAGAUUAUUCAGGUUUCUGCCUCUGCUAAUUGGCCAGUCUCCAACAGGAUUCAUAUUUGAGUCAGCCUGGGCAAAUUUCAUUAUUAAUCUUCUCAUUUUUAUGCUAUCUGGCCAUGUUGUUGGUUCUUGCUGGUACCUCUUUGGUUUACAGAGGGUUAAUCAAUGCUUGCGAAAUGCCUGCCGUGAUUCUAAUAUUACUGGAUGCUCAACAUUCAUUGAUUGUGGCGGUGCAUCUGGCCAUAAGUUAGAUCAGUGGAACAGUUAUGCAAAUGCCACUGCUUGUCUGGAUUCCAGUUCCGGUGUUUUUCAAUAUGGGAUCUAUAACAAAGCUGUAGCACUUACUAUGGAAACUAGGGUGGUCAACAAAUAUGUAUAUGCACUGUUUUGGGGCUUCCAGCAAAUCAGUACUCUGGCUGGUAAUCAAACCCCAAGCUAUUUUGUUUGGGAAGUACUUUUCACAAUGGCCAUCAUAGGAUUGGGACUCUUGCUUUUUGCACUUCUCAUUGGAAACAUACAGAACUUUCUUCAGGCCCUUGGACGCAGGAGGCUAGAGAUGCAACUUAGAGGUCGUGAUGUUGAGCAAUGGAUGAGCCAUCGUCGCUUACCUGAAGAACUAAGAAGGAGAGUAAGACAGGCUGAACGGUAUAAUUGGGCAGCAACAAGGGGGGUGAAUGAAGAAAUGCUUCUGGAGAAUUUGCCAGAAGAUCUCCAGACAGAAAUAAGACGUCAUCUCUUCAAAUUUGUUACGAAAGUUCGAAUCUUUGCCCUGAUGGAUGAGCCUAUCUUAGAUGCCAUUUGUGAGAGACUAAAACAGAAGACAUACAUCAAAGGAAGUAAAAUUUUGAGUCACGGUGGCCUUAUAGAGAAGAUGGUCUUCGUUGUGCGUGGGGAGUUGGAGAGCGUUGGAGAAGAUGGAACUAUAGUUCCCUUAUCUGAAGGCAAUGCUUGUGGUGAAGAACUUCUGACAUGGUAUCUUGAGCAUUCUUCUGUAAGCACAGAUGGUAAAAAAGUAAGGAUUCAAGGGCAGAGGUUGCUGAGCAACAGGAGUGUAAGAUGCAUAACAAACGUGGAAGCAUUUUCACUCCGCGCUGCAGACCUCGAGGAACUCACAAUUCUUUUCACAAGAUUCUUGCGGAACCCUCACGUUCAAGGAAUACUAAGGUACGAAUCACCUUAUUGGAGAUCCCUUGCAGCAAGCCGCAUCCAGGUUGCAUGGAGAUACAGGAAGAAGCGUCUAAGUCGAGCUUAUACCUCGCAAUCGGACCAAACAUGGACGUCCGUGUUUCUUGCUCCGUCUUUGAGUUACAAGUCACAGUUGACUUUGUUUCUCUCUCUCUCUCUUUAUUUACACAUGCACCUCUUCACUUAUCUCAUAAUAUUCAACAAGCUCACAAAAGUUGAAUGCAUACGAUACAAUUGGUGGGGUACUUUUCACUGGGAAUUUCUCUUCAGCCAGAAUCAACAAGAAAACAUGGCUAAUUUUGAAAAAGAUGGGGAGCCCGUGCUGUCAGAAACACAUGCACAACAUAAUGAUGAACUUAAGAAUUCUAGCUUUCAAAAGGUUGUAACACGAACAAGAAGUGCAUCGAUUUCAAUUCCUAUGGUCUCCAUGGAGCAAUAUGAGAGAGAAACUAGUCUUGUGAGGCAUACGAGUCCACUUCUUAGUAUGAGAAAAUCCCCCUUAAGGCAUAUGAGUGGUCCACUAUAUGCUACCAAUGGAACUGAAAAUCUUCUGCAUCAGAGUAUAACUGUGAAAGGAAACAAAGCAGUAGAGAGCAAGACAGAAAAAUUUUCUAGUGUUGAAAUGACAGAUGAAAGUCAUUGGAAUAACAACAAUGAUAGAAAGAAUGAACACUUGCUAAGGUCUGGGCUAUUGGGAAUGUGUAAUGAUCCUUAUUGUACAACUUGCCCUACUUACUUCAAGACCUCUAUGCAAAGACUUCCAAAACCUUCCACUAUAUUUGAUCCCCAGUUUCACUUCCACAGUUCUCUUUAUGGGGAUGCCAAGGGUUUGGGGAGAAAACUUGUUUCUUUCUGCUCUUCAUAUGUUCCUGGAGUUAUAAAUCCUCACACAAGAAUUGUACAACAAUGGAACAAGUUUUUGGCCAUUUUUUGCAUGGUGGCCAUUUUUGUGGAUCCAUUAUUUUUGUUCUUAAUCUAUGUGCAGAAGGAUGAUAAAUGUAUUGCUAUCAACUGGAACAUGACAAAAACACUUGUUUUACUAAGAAGCAUAAAUGAUUUUGUAUAUUUAUUGAACAUUCUUCUCCAGUUUAGGUUGGCAUAUGUUUCUCCAGAGUCAAGGGUGGUUGGUGCUGGAGACUUAGUUGAUCAUCCCAAGAAAAUAGCUCUCUAUUAUCUGCAGGGUUAUUUUCUUCUUGACCUCUUUGUUGUAUUUCCUCUUCCUCAGAUAAUGAUAUUGUUGAUCCUACCAAGACACUUGGGGUUAUCAGGAGCAAACUAUGCUAAGAAUCUUCUGCGUGCAGCGAUCCUUGUGCAGUAUAUUCCCAAACUAUUCAGGAUUUUGCCACUGCUAAUUGGACAAUCACCAACAGGAUUUAUAUUUGAGUCAGCUUGGGCGAAUUUCAUUAUAAAUCUUCUCAUUUACAUGCUCGCUAGCCAUAUUGUUGGCUCUUGCUGGUACCUCCUUGGUCUACAGAGGGUUAAUCAAUGUUUGCGAGAUGCCUGCGGUAAUUCUCAUAUUGAUAGAUGCAUGAGAGUCAUUGAUUGUGGACAUGGUCAUACUAGAAACAACCAAUCUGACCGGAUAUCAGCUCUGUGGAGCAACAAUUCAAAUGCCAUUGCAUGUUUGAAUCCCUCCCCCAGAGGUUUCAAUUAUGGGAUCUAUGUCAAUGCUGUACCUCUUACAAUGCAAACUAGUGUGGUUAAGAAAUAUGUUUAUUCUCUAUUUUGGGGAUUUCAGCAAAUCAGUACUCUCGCUGGUAGUUUAACCCCAAGUUAUUUUUGGGGGGAAGUCCUUUUUACAACGGCCAUCAUCGGAUUGGGACUCUUGCUUUUUGCAGUUCUCAUUGGAAACAUACAGAACUUUCUUCAAGGUCUUGGACGGAGAAGGCUAGAAAAGCAACUUAGAGGUCGUGAUGUUGAGCAAUGGAUGAGCCAUCGUCGCUUACCAGAAGAUCUAAGAAGAAAAGUACGACAGGCUGAACGGUAUAAUUGGGCUGCAACAAAGGGAGUGAAUGAAGAAAUGCUUCUUGAGAAUUUGCCAGAAGAUCUGCAGAGAGACAUAAGACGUCAUCUCUUCAAAUUUGUUAAGAAAGUCCGAAUUUUCACCCUGAUGGAUGAGCCUAUCUUAGAUGCCAUUUGUGAGAGAUUGAGACAGAAGACAUACAUCAAAGGAAGUAUAAUUUUGAGUCAAGGUGGCCUAGUAGAAAAGAUGAUCUUUAUUGUGCGUGGAAAAUUGGAGAGCAUUGGAGAAGAUGGAAUCAGAAUUCCCUUGUCUGAAGGCGAUGCUUGUGGUGAAGAACUUCUGACAUGGUAUCUUGAGCAUUCUUCUGUAAGCACAGAUGGUAAAAAAGUAAGGCUUCUGGGACAAAGGUUGCUUAGCAACAGAACAGUAAAGUGCUCAACAAAUGUGGAGGCUUUUUCACUCCGAGGUGAAGAUCUUGAAGAAGUCACAACCCGAUUCAUGAGAUUCUUGCGGAAUCUUCGAGUUCAAGGAUCCCUAAGGUAUGAAUCACCUUACUGGAGAUCAUUAGCAGCAAUUCGAAUUCAGGUUGCAUGGAGAUACAGGAAGAAACGUACAAAUCCAGCUAUGCCUCACAAUUAGAUCAAACAUUGAAUGUAGGUUGUAUAAUGUGAGAAGAUAGUAAAUGAAAACAAUGCAUAAAACUAAACAAAAAAUAGCUGUUGGACUAAUCUAUUAACUGAAUAG